UGUACUGUUUGAAGAGGAAGUUGGCCGUUGUCUCCGUUGAUCAUCGACACCAGCAGAUCACCAGCAACCAGCACCAGUAGCGACAAGUAUCGACCUGAAGCUGCAGCGCAAAGCAGGACCGUCAACAUGACCAGAUGUCUGAUAAGCAAGUCGGAGGUGCAAGGCUUCAUCGAGAGGUGUAUGACAAGCGUGGGCACCAAGCAGCAUCAUGCACGCAGCCUGGCCGAGGUGCUGGUGGAGGGAGACCACAGGGGCCACUUCAGCCAUGGACUCAACAGGAUGGAUAUGUAUGUAAAGGACGUCGAGACAGGAAUCUGCGCCAAGGACGGUGAGCCGGUGGUGGAGAAGGAGAGUGCAGCCACAGCAUUGGUGGAUGGGAAGAACCUCCUGGGUCCAGUGGUGGGAAACUUCUGCAUGAAACUCGCCAUGAAGAAGGCAAAAGAAGCGGGCAUUGGCUGGGUGGUGGCACACGGUUCCAACCAUUUCGGUAUCGCCGGAUACUACUCAAUGCAAGCUCUGAAGGAGAACAUGAUUGGUAUGUCAUUUACCAACACAUCCCCACUGGUGGUUCCCACACGCGGUAAAGAGUGCACUUUGGGCACCAACCCCAUCAGCGUGGCAGCUCCGGCUAAAGACGGAGACAGCUUUGUUCUGGAUAUGGCCACAUCAGCAGUAGCACUUGGAAAGGUGGAGCUCCAUGACCGGCGUGGAGACACCAUCCCUGAGGGCUGGGGCUGUGACGCUCAGGGCAAGCUCAGCACCGACCCUAAGAAAGUUCUGAGCGGAGGAGGACUGGUGCCCAUUGGCGGAAGUGAAGCCACAGGAGGGUACAAAGGCUAUGGUCUUGGAAUGAUGGUGGAAGUGUUCUGUGGUAUCUUGGCUGGUGCCCAGUACAGCAACCACAUCCGUACGUGGAAAGUAACAGACCGUGUUGCAAACCUGGGUCAGUGUUUCGUGGCGAUUAACCCAGAGAACUUUGCUCCCGGAUUCGGCGACAGGAUGUCAGACCUUCUGUCCAUCCAUAGAGGGAUGGAGCCUGCUGACUCCGGCGCUCCCGUUUUGACUGCUGGAGAUCCAGAGAGGAUGAACAUGAAGGAGUGUGAGGAAAUGGGUGGAAUCCCCUACCACAUCAAUGUUGUCAACCACAUGAACGAAUGUGCCAAGAGAGUUGGGGUCAGCUCUCUGCUGCCGUGUGACAAUGUCAUCUCCAAUUAGUCCGUCCAGUCCAGAUUCUCUGCGUUGGAAAUCCGCAACAUCUGCUCAUCUAGAAGUUCACAUUGACCUGCUUGGGAAUGUAACCUUGUUCACGUACAUUAUACAUGUAUCUCAUUUUAUUCAUUUUCAAAGUCCAUACAAGUUUCAAUGAAAAAAAAAAAGCAUUAUAAUAACCAUGACAUUUGUCACAUAACAAUGGAAAUACCAAAGCAUUUUCUUUUCUUAAGGGACUCCUUGAAACAUGUUUUUUCUGUCUGAAGAUACUGCAUCAAAAUGUUAAUUUAGACAUGUCUUCAAGAUGCUCUAUCUCUGACAGCAAAAUGUGUGCAUUCCAUGUCCAACGCUGUCGUAAAUCGUUUGUUGUUAUUAACUUUACAGUUGGACCGUUCCCUGUUGAGCUGUUUUACUUUGUUGCAGUUGUAAUGCAGUGCAAUUGUAUAACUGUGUGGUAAUCUAGCUACUGUGUGAUGCCUAACAACGUCUUAUUUUAAUACUGACAUUGAAAUAUGACUAUGAGAAUGUUUUUCUGCUUUUAUAAAGUUCAAGUACCCUUUUUACUCAAAGGUCAUCAAAACACCAUUCAUAUGUGCCUUAUUCAAUAAAAGCCUGAUUAACCAAAA